GUUUUUUAGAAAAAUCCAGAUAUAUCUGUUUGUUUUUUAACAGCAAACGGAAUAUUUAAAAGAGAAGCAGUUGCCAGCCAGUCUCAUCGCUAAAAGGUUGCCAAAUUGCGCGAUUUAAUUCGGCUUUCCGCCAAUUGUACGGAGGGAUUUUCUCCUUGUUGCUCUUGCAUCUUCAAUUAGGUUUAGAUAUUGAAGUUUAUCGAUCAAAACACCUUUCAAUUGAACUGAUAGAUCCCUAAUAUGGCGAUCCUAUACGCGCUGGUGGCUAGGGGAUCGGUUGUGCUGGCGGAGUUUACUGCGACGGCGACCAACGCUAGCGCCAUAGCUAGACAGAUACUGGAGAAGAUUCCAGGCAACAAUGACAGCCACGUCUCUUAUUCUCAAGAUCGUUAUAUAUUUCAUGUCAAGCGCACCGAUGGUCUGACUGUUCUCUGUAUGGCUGAUGAUACCGCUGGAAGAAGAAUUCCUUUUGCGUUUCUUGAAGACAUUCAUCAGAGAUUUGUGAGGACUUAUGGCCGUGCUGUUCAUUCAGCCCAGGCUUAUGCCAUGAAUGAUGAAUUUUCAAGGGUUUUGAGCCAGCAAAUGGAGUAUUACUCGAAUGAUCCAAAUGCUGACAGGAUAAAUAGACUAAAAGGUGAAAUGAGUCAGGUGCGAAAUGUUAUGAUUGAGAAUAUUGACAAAGUUUUAGAGAGGGGUGAUCGUUUGGAAUUGCUGGUUGAUAAAACUGCUAAUAUGCAAGGGAACACCUUUCGAUUCAGAAAACAAGCUCGUCGUUUCAGAAACACAGUAUGGUGGAGAAAUGUCAAGCUUAUGGUUGCUUUGAUAUUUCUCCUCCUAGUGAUUGUCUAUGUCGUGCUGGCUUUUGUAUGCCAUGGACUGACACUACCUACCUGCCUGAAGUGACAGCAAGUAUGGAGUGAGAUCCGGUGUGCUUCAUUUUUUUUUAUUAAUUGGUAAAUGAUAUUUCUAUUUAAACUUCAUCAUCUGCAAGUUCUAUUAGAUUUUCCCCCCUCUUUGCUGCAUGAAGUACUAAAUUGUCUGUGGGCACAGUUAUAUUUUCUGUAACAGUGCCUUUCAUUUAGACAAAUUGGUUGAGCUUGAAUGUCUAUUGAAGCCUUGGCUUGAGUUAUUGUGAAUUAAUUUUUUGGUGUAAAAUCUUUAAGGGUCCUUGUCAUUUGUUUUUCACUUCAAUGAAAUUGUAUCUCGCUGAGUCUUUAGUUGUA